AUGGCUUCCGUUCGGAAGAGAAAGAUGGCAAGGUCCUCCAUUAAGAAAACCUCGAGGAAACACAAAGAUCGUCAAAGAAAGAUCAACAUAUCUGGUAACCCAAUCAUUGCUAAGAAUUGGGACUAUUCUCUCACCCUUGCUCAAAACUAUGAGAUACUGGGUUUAAGAUCUAAGCUUCAAACUCCAGCAGGCGGUCAAGAAGCGAAACUUGGUACAUCGGUCAUGAAGGAGCCGCUCUCUACACCGUCCUUUUUAGAUGAUGACGAGGAUGAGUUUGGCCCUGAGGAAAAGGCGCCGCCCACUGAGCAAAAUGUUACCUCUGAACCCGAGGAAGAGGACAUUCCCGAAGGUGAAGCUCGCAUAAUACGCGAUUCGGACGGUAAUGUCGUAAAAGUCGUGUACGGAAGAAAACAGAGCAAUGCAGGCUCUGGUGAUGUCGAUGAGGCUGGUGAUGAAGAAUCUACAGUUAAGACGGAGACAGUCAAAGAGCUAGAAGAUUAUGCUUCGCGACCUGCUAUCAAAAGUGCCCGCAAGCCCAGCGGAAGGGAAGAGGCUUGGUUAAAGGCGCUCAGUCAGAAGCAUGGAGAUAAUUUCCGUGCAAUGUUCAUGGAUAGAAAACUCAAUGUAAAUCAACAAUCGGAGGGUGAUAUUAAGAAAAGAAUCAUAAAGUGGAGAGCAGCUAACAGCACAGCAUGA